AUGCCGUCCACCGGCGAGCCUUGCCAGGUGCCCUGGUCCUUUGUGGAGCAGACCCGGGCCGAGGCGGGCACGCCCGCGGUGAGCACGGAGGCCGUUGUGCUGCACGGCCGUCGCGACGAGGUGGUGCCGCCCUCGCUGAGCGAGGCCUUUGUACACGCCAGCCCUCUGGCCAGGCUCGUCCUUCUCGAGGACGACCACGCGCUCACGGCGCCGCCGAGCCUGGAGCGGAUCGCGCGGGAGGCGCUGGCGGCGUGUGGCGGCGAGGGAGGCUCGCCGCGAGUUGGAGGCCCGCCGCGCGCUUGGGACUAG